AUGAGUACCCUAAUCUUGCACUUCAAGGUCAUGAUUCUGAUUGAUGAUCUUCCUCCAUCUAAUUUUCACUCUUUGAAAAGCAAUCAAAAUUGCGAGCAAGACACAGGUUAUGCCCUUCUGUUUUCUUCAAGAAUAAUUUAAGACACAUGUGAAUUGACCUUGAUAUGUCAUUGAAAUUAAUAUAUAUUUGAGGUCACACAUAUUUUCAUCUUUGUUUAACUUGCAUUUGUUCAAAUCCGACCAUCCAACCAUGCAUGAAGUCCACACCAAAGAAAAUUUCUAAAAAAGGUUCAAGCCGAGAUACACAAUGUGCGUAAUACUCAACUUGGGCAUGGAGGUGAUCUAUGAAUCUUGAAAUUUUGAAAGUUGAUGUUGUAAAAUAUAGCAAGAGAUGUUAGCAGUUCUCAGUUUGCUGUUUGGUGAUUUUAGUUUUGGAAUCCCCACCAACCAUCCCACCAUUAGUUAGUUGCAUCUGCUAUUGACGAUUCACAUUAUACUCAAACGCCCAUGCAAAAGAAGCAAAACGCAAAGCUUUUCUCUUAUAUAUCUCACUUUCCAACCCAUUUCUCCCACUCUGAUCUUCUUCUCUCAUUCAAGAAAUCCAAGAAAGCAACAAUGGCAUUGGCACCUCUCCUUCACUCUAAGCUUCCUUCGCUGCAGCUUCUUCUUUUGAUUUCUAUCUUCAUAUUCUGCAGCAGCUUGUAUGCAAGUGAUGACCCUCCUUUGUCAUUGGACUACUAUGCAUCUACUUGCCCCGCUGUGUUCGACAUUAUCAGGAAAGAAAUGGAAUGUGAAGUUCUUUCAGAUCCACGUAAUGCAGCUCUUGUAGUCCGACUACAUUUCCACGACUGUUUUGUCCAGGGAUGUGAUGGUUCAGUUUUGCUAGAUGACACAAUCACGUUGCAAGGAGAGAAGAAAGCUUCUCCAAACGUAAACUCCCUGAUAGGUUUUAGCAUCAUUGAUAAAAUCAAGAACAAGGUGGAAUCUGAGUGCCCUGGAAUCGUUUCCUGCGCUGAUAUCCUCACUAUCGCUGCAAGAGAUGCAGUGAUUCUGGUUGGUGGACCAUAUUGGGAUGUUCCUGUCGGAAGGAAAGAUUCAAAGACUGCAAGUUACGAGCUUGCAUCAGCAAAUAUUCCAACAGCAGAUGAAGGUCUGGUGUCAAUCAUUUCCAAGUUUCUUUAUCAGGGCCUCUCUGUUAAAGACAUGGUAGCUCUUUCAGGGGCUCACACUAUAGGAAUGGCUCGGUGUGCGAACUUUCGAGCAAGGAUUUAUGGAGACUUCGAAACCACUUCAGAAAGAAGUCCAAUCUCUGAGACAUACCUGAGUAACCUGAAAUCUACAUGUCCAGCUGCCGGAGGAGGAGACGACAACGUAUCAGCAAUGGAUAAUGUCACUCCUAACCUUUUCGACAAUUCUUACUUUCAGAUUCUAUUGAAAGGAGAAGGACUAUUGAACUCAGACCAAGAAUUGUAUUCAAGCAUGCUUGGGGUUCAGACAAAGAAGCUUGUAGCGAAGUAUGCUCAUGACCCAGUUGGUUUUUUCAAGCAAUUCUCUGAUUCUAUGGUGAAAUUGGGGAACAUCACCAAUCCUGAUAGCUUUACUAAUGGAGAAGUCAGGAAGAACUGCAGAUUUGUGAACACAUGAGCUGCCAAACCAUGAAACUGAAUUCUAUAAUGAGUUUAUUUAUAUUUGUUUCUCAUACCAAGAAGUGAAAAACACAAAUUUAUCUGUAAGAGCUUUUGGAUAUUCAAAAACUUCCCAAAAAAAAAAAGGAAAAAGAAAAAGCUAUUGGAUGUUGAA